AGACUGCUGUUGCGUACUUGCCGACUCGGGUUGUGUAUUCUCUCUGACAAGAUGCUCCAGGAUUAGCAAAAUAGUGCGGAGAUGUGUGCAUGCUACUUCAGAUACUACUUCAGAUGCUAGACACGCCCACAUUGUAGGUUGGUCUCGGUGCAUCCUACGGGCAUGCUACUGACCCAAAAUGCACCGCGGGCUUCUUCUUCGUCCUCUUAAAAGUUGUAGAAGCGCAUGUGAUGCUAGCGCCACCAGCUGCUGCCUAUUUAGAUGCGUCGCGAACGCCGGCUGGCCACAGCAGCGCGCACCAUGUCGGAGCAGCAGCAGCAGCAGCCGGGACCGCAGCAGUACAGAUGUAAGUUUCAUGUAACUUCACACACUGUCCUAAAAAAUGUGCGGUUGUAUCUCUUUGUCAUGUCAUGGUGUCAUAUUUUCCCAAGUAAUCAUUUUAUGAGCAAGUGGCGACAUCAUGGAGGUAAAGCUCACUUAUUCCAUCAUUAAACUGCACAGCUGCAGUACUACAGCCAGGCCCACAGAUGAAGGGCUUCAGUUACCACUGUCUGCACGGGCGCAGUACCUACUCUCUGCCUGCGGGGGUCGUCUUUCCCCACCGCUCGUCUAGUGUGUCCGAAUUGGGCCAACGUUUUUAGUAUGUAGGAGUAGGAUCUAGCAGUAGCACGUAGCAGUAGCAUGUAGUAUCCGAGCGGGCAGUUCGGACGCAGCAGGGUUGUGUAUUCUCUCUGACAAGAUGCUCCAGGAUUAGCAAAAUAGUGCGGAGAUGUGUGUAUCUCCUUGGUUACCGCUGAAAACAUUUUUAUGUAACCGUUUCCACCGCUCAGAUGGUGUUUUUUUCUAUUAAACUAUCUCUGAGGAGAGUGUCGAGUCUGUGUUUUUGACUCAUAUUCGCCUCUCGAGCUUUAGCAGCGCUUUAGCAGUUUCGCUCGACGACAUUUACAGGCUGCUCUUUUUUUCGGGACACGGUGUGCUCGUAGUGUCGGAUCAGUUUGGCACUCGGAGAGGAAUUUUCCUGUAAUUUAAAGUAUCAUUGAGGUUUAUAGCUCAUUUUGACUUCUCAGUGUGACCGUGGGAUGGAGUGGCAUUAGCUUACAAAGCUAGCGGACUCCAGCUUUAGCCGGUGCGUGUCUGCGCAGAGCUCUGACUAAAAAUACAUUUCUCCUACCCCUGAAAGUGGCGGGUUAGUCUACUUUAGACUAGUUCGGUGCCUUUCUUUUCACUUUGCUCGGAGUUUGACACUCUACAUGGUCACUUCAGAGGAUUUAAGGCGACUUGAAGAGCGAGUCGGACCCCUAACUUGGGAGCCGAGGUGGCCUGAUCUAGCGUCACGUCUCGCCGGGUGGUGGGCUACAGGUUCCCGGGGGAAGAAGGAAAACCAGCCGGGGCUGAUCGGUGGCCCGAUAUCAUUUGGUUCUAAUGGCUUGUUUCUGUCAUUAGUAGUGGUAGUACAAGCCUUGGUGUAGCCCAGGGUCGCAGGAACUUUGCAAAGGUCAGAGACGAACAUCUUGUUUCUACUGACAACUGAGUUUGGAGAGACAGGUUUCAGCUGUCAAGAAUAAACACCAUGUCAGAGGACAACAACGCAGACAAGUUCAUCAAGGUAAGAAGGAAUUAUAUGACUUUGAUUAAAUGAAAUAAAAACCCAACAAGGUAGGCUUCAACAACUGACGUGUAGCAAACAUGUUUAUGUCUUAAAUGCUGGUAUCUGGGUUGUAUUAUGAUUGAUGGAUGUCUGUUAUGAGAAUGUUUACUAUAGCUUCAUGAUAUUAAAUCUGUUUCUAUUAGUCCGAAAAUCACUUCCACAAAAGCGCCGAAGCUGUGUGCACAUCUUUGAAAAGCAGCAGAAAUGUAAAUAACAAAAACUAGGUUAAAUUUUCAUCUAAGCUCCAGCUCAGAUUCAUCUGUGUCAUGAAACAGGUUCUUGGAUUAGUGCCUGGCCUACUCUCCUCAAUGUGUCACUGCCCGGGCAUUUAUGUCAGCGGUAAAAUGUGAUCCCAAGUGCCCAUACACCCCCACCCCCACCCCCCAAUCCCUUCACAGUUGGGUCAGAAUGUGUUUAAUACUGGACUUGCUGGGGGGGAUGUCAUUUAGAACUGGGACACACAUCCUUGGGGGUUGGUAUCCUGAGAAAGAAUUAAUCAUUUGGGUUUUUGGAUUCUUGGUUUAACCAUUUCCUUUUUGGUAUCAAGACUCUGGCCAUUUCUCAGGACAUCGCCACGAUAGCACAUGCUGGGUAGUCUCAGUUUACAGGAUCUGACCAUAGCGUUGUACUUAUUGGCAGUAACAUAUGUCUUGUAUUUAGAGCCUUUGUGAGAUCCAUUGAUGGAUCACAUUCAAGGCUAAUUUUUACUUAUGUUGGAUUAGGGUAAUAUAAGAUCGACAAAGCAUAAUUGACCCUCACUAAGAUUCAUCAUUGUCAUCAUCAUCCAGGGCAGUUAAAGAUGUUGUUCAGUUAUAAAUAUUCAGCCCUCAACUUCUAAUUGGAAAUCAACACAACUACGUACUGUCACCAUUUUUUUGUACCUUUUGCACCUGCCUGCGAUAGCACAAGUAGAAACUCUUCAUUCCUGCCAAGAUCAAUGUGCUCUCAGGGAUAAAGGACAAGGACUUAUUGCACAAUAUGCUGAUCAUAAAGAUGUAAUUAGUUAAUGAUGGAUCAUUUAACAAUAAAGCACAAAGCAGAAAUUGCUCAUUGACUGAAACCACAUAUUCUAGUCCGGCACAAUUCUGAUAAAAAUCCUCUUUGACUGUAAUUUCCAACUUGACAUAAUCAUAUUCUGAUCAUAGUCUUAUUUUAUAAUCCUUUUAUAGAUAGCCGUGGCUGGGAUUUACCAGAUGUGUUAGUUUUUACAUCACAGCUAAGCUGUCAUCUUUCCAGAAUAAUCUGUGUCAAGGAUUAGCACAAUUGUGGAACCAGACAGGUGAUAAUGGAUAAGAUAACUGUUAUGCAACCAAGUGCUAAUACGAUGAAAGAAUGCAUGGCACUGUGUCAGCAGACACUGCUGAGUAAAAGUGUUCAGGGAGACAUUUCUUAGAUACAUUUGCCAACUUGUAUAAACAGCAGUUGAUUUUUUUGUGACUAUUACUGUGGAAGGUCUCCAGUUUUGUAGAGUAGCAGGCUGUCAAGCACUACACAACAGAAACUAUGGAGAUAAAGGUGAAAAGGGGGUCCUUUAUCUUGACACUUUUUUGUAUCACAUUUAUUUCAAGGAAGGAUUUGUCUUCUUUUUAGUUGUUUUCAGAGGUUUGAUAUACUUGUCUUUUCCCCUACAGGAGACCUCUAUCCUAGAUGAGUACAACAUCAACUGGACGCAGAAGCUGGGAGCUGGAAUCAGCGGACCUGUCAGGUGAGCAGGCGAAACUUUAGGCUUCUUGGUCUGUCUCUUGUAAUAGAAUUUGAUCCUCUCUACUGUUGUAUCCGUGUUUACGCUUCAUCACUCCAUCACUUCAGGUUUUCUUCUGGUUUGUUUGGAUCUGAAAAUGGUGUAUCGUGACUCAGACUCUUCCAGAAACUUAUGAGAGGAUUUAAGAGACGGAUAAAUAUUGAUGUAUCGCCCAGCCCUCUCAGUGCAUGACUAGACAUCGCUGCCAAAAGUCCUCCUACAUGUUUUUGUUGUUUGCUGCUCAAUACUUCCCCUGUAGUUUUACUUUGGUUUGUUUACAGUGACUCCCCUACAAAACAGCAGGUUAAGUUGAAUCCAGACAUGUAAAUACUUACUGUGAAAAUGAAUUUGUCACUGAACUCGACUUUGGCAGACUGGACCAAGCAGUAACAUGUAACACCAUCAUAAUUUAAGGCUUAUGAAGGUAUAUGUUUAUGCUGAUGGUAGGCAGUAAGUGUGCUUCCUGUUAUUUUGUAGGAUUUCGUUCCACAAGCCAGAGACGAAACUUAUUGCACUUAGAUUGAAGAGUAGAGGCUUAAGGAUGCACAAGGGAUCGAUGAUCAAACUCAGCAGCCUUAUUAUCUGUGGAUUUGUCUCUGUAAUACUCUCCUCAAAUACAUUGGCAGUUUAUCACAGGGAAACACAGCCGAAUUAUUUCAAACAGCUAUACCUGUCAAGCCUCUUAACGUCCUACUCAUUUAUAAAAUACCGACAAUCUUGACUGACAUGCAUGUGACAACUGACUUUGUAAGCUAGGAGCCUGACUGAAGUUGUGAAUGGACAUUUCCUGUAUUAGAUAGAAAAUAAAUAUAAGAGUUCAUUAUUUCUGGCCCUAAAAUGUUUUCAUACUUGAAGUUGUUUGCGAGUAUCUGCUGUCGACAAUAAAGACUUUAUUGUUUUCCCAUUGCUUAAAAAGACUGCAUCAAUAUUGUUCUCCCGUCUCGUGUUUCAACCAUAGACUGUAUAUAGAAUGGACAGAGUCUGCCUCCUCGUUGGGUGAAGCCACUCUGAGAACAGCACACUCUGGCGACGGGCUGCAGUAUAGGUCAUAAAUCCCGCCUUCUUCAGCAGAGCUUAUGGAGCUGUGGACAAACUUUAGAAAUUAAUUUCACAGAAUAUACAUUUUUCUCCCCCCUGGUUGCGAUGUUGACAUGUAGUUAUUGUAAGUCCUCUUUUUUUUCUGUACGGAUCCAUUUUUAAAAGUUAUUAGGGGGUUUUCUAUGAUUGACUCUUGAUACAGCCUUUGGGCGUACGAAGAUUGCGUAGCUCACCCUGGGGAUACGCUGUUUGAGCCGAGCGUCAUCACAACAACUCUCAGCGACUCUCCUGCUGAAUGCGUAAAACGCUACUGCGCAAUGUUGGUUUCAGGAAAUUCAGAAAAAUCGCAGAAAUACCGAGAGCUUUUUGGCUUCAAAUCCGUAUACUGGCGGAAGGUGGAACCAAGUUGUCCAUAGUACUGUAUAUACAGUCUAUGGUUUCAACAGUGUUAAUCUCUACAACUGUUGCCAUAGCGCCCAUCUCUGCAAAAACCCAAUAUUAAGUUUAUCCAAACAUAGAGUCAAUCACAUCUCAAACAAACUUUUAAAAAAUUCUAUCCUUUGCACUGAUUUUUUUUUCUUUUUUACAUUGACACUUUCACAGGUACAGGCUGUAAUAUGUCAGUGUUUCACACUGAGGUUUGACGCUAUCACAGGUCUGGUUCAGCAGAGAACAACCUGUUAUUUUCUGAAGUGUGUAGUUUUGGCCUCAAGGGGCGAGACUUCUGAGGAACUGACUCAACGGCCUGUCAUGUAACACUCUGAAACUCCUGAUACUCGGUGAUGAACUGAUGAUUCAUGCUGUACACUGUGUAUUUCUCAGCAGCUCUUUUUAACCUCUGCGUCACUUUUCAUUUUGCAUAUCCCUCUGAUUCAUUCAGAAUUUUGCCGAAUUAGGAUGUCUUCUUUUUUCUGACUCUCCCACUCAGCUCUUUCAGUCACCUAACACAUCAAUGUCUUUCGCUCUACCAGCCCCCCUCAGUUGCUCUCUGUGAUUCAUUAGGCAGGCAGUGAUUUACAGAGAAGUGAACUUUGGCCGAAGCAGAAUGCUUCUCUUGGUAAUGCUUUAAUAGUGUAAUCUGAGUUUAAGGGCCAGAGGUUGCUGUUCAAAGUGAAUAUUUGAGUCCGUGCUGCUGAGAGGAGAAAAAGAAUUCAUGUGAAUUCAUCUGCCUCCUGCUGUCAUACUGAGAAUAGUCUUCAGAGGAACAUCAACACCAGGAGAUAAAAACUUAAAUAUGUGUUUUUGAAUGAAAAUAAAACACUCGCCUACAUCGUUUUACGAGUGAAACAACAGGAAGCCAUCCAAGAUCAUUAUUUCCCAUAAUAAAAAAACUAUUGACAAAAUAAUGUUCCUGUCCCGACUAAUCUACUUUAAUCUGCUGCACAUAGAACCAAAACAUGAACACGUACAAGGAAGAGAUUUUGUUGUAAUACAUGCCAGCUGUUGCAAAACACACCAAGAAUCUUCCUGUUUGUGUGCUCUCUGUGUCUCUGGUGUGGAUGGGUCACUCUUUAAGGCAUGAGAUUAAAUGACUGAAGGGGAAAAUAGCACUGUUGCCAUUCUGUUACAUUUAUUUUCAAUAAGGUGAAAAUCACCUGUAUGGUGACUGAUGCAGGAUUUGAGUUGAUCCCAUUUUGUGAUCACUAAAAAAGAUACCUGGCUGUGAGUUAGAGUGACUGAAUAUGAACCAUUAUCUGCCAGAUUUGCCAGAUUUGAUUGAUUGUCUUCAUUCUUGUAUCAGAGAUCCUGUUGUCAUGUUGACUGAAGUGAUAAUUGAUUUUUGUUUUCUUCCUCUUCAGAGUUUGUGUGAAGAAAUCAACUCAGGAACGCCUGGCUCUGAAGAUCCUCAUUGAUCGGCCCAAAGCCAGAAAUGAGGUUAGAAGGCAGACUCUCUGUAGGCAUGAUUAAUUCCUGCUCUUUGUCUGUCUUUGACUGUAUUGAUACUCUUUGUUCUGUUCUGUCUGUCUGCCUGUUAUCAAUCUCUCUCAAAUCUGCUCGUCUUUCCUCCACCAUCUGUCUCCUGGGCUUCUGCUGACUUUGUUGUCAGUAACAUUUUCUUCCUGUGGUGAACUGAGUGUGGAGCAGCCUCUCCAUGUCAUUAGCAGCCUUCUGUUUUGACCAAGCAGCUUAUUCAGCAAUGAGACAUGAAGUCAAACAAGCAGCAAAGAUUUGUUUUUGCAAAGAUACCGCUGUCAGACUGUGUAGCUUUCAUAGACUAGUAAAUACUCUAUGGCUCGACAGGAUAUUUAUCGUGCAGUGUUAUUUUCCUGAUGUAAUGAGGAGUUUCCUCUUAAUGUAGGCUGACAACCAGUUUUCUUUUAUCAGGUGCGUCUCCAUAUGAUGUGUGCCAACCACCCAAACAUCGUGCAGAUCCUCGAGGUCUACGCCAACAGUGUCCAGUUCCCGCAUGAGUCCAGUCCAAGGUAAAAACUGGACAGAUGACAGACAUGUGAAUCCUAACAUGAAGGGUUUGCAUACACCAAUCCACAACACCUCCUCUUUGUUUCUGUGACAGAGCAAGGCUCCUGAUCGUCAUGGAGAUGAUGGAGGGUGGCGAGCUGUUCCACAGAAUCAGUCAGCACAGGCACUUUACUGAAAAGAUGGCCAGCCAGGUCACUAAAGAGGUUGGUGAAAACUCCAGUUUGAGCCCCUCUGUGAAUCACCUUUUUAGUUCUUCAUGUGUCCUCGCACUCGUCUGUGUGUCUCUUAAAGGGUGUGUAACAGCUUAUCUUGCAGCCUCUCGAAGGCAUUAGCAGCUCCAUGCUCGGAUAAAGCUGCACAUGUGGCAGAGAUGAUCACAUGCUCAAAGAAGCAACACGUACACUCAUAUCUAGUGUGUUAAAAGGCUGAUAAAGGUCUAAGUUUGAUGUUUCUUCUCCUUGCAGAUCAGUCAAGCCUUGGAACAUUGUCACUCUCUUAAUAUUGCACAUCGUGACCUGAAGCCAGAGAACCUGCUCUUUAAGGAUAACUCUCUGGUAAGUAGCUUAAGUUACACACUGUAAACAUAAACACUGGAACUGCAUUUUUAAAAAGGCGCCACUGCCAACGCCACCGCUGAUCCCUCAGCAACACCUCAUGCUGUAUGUAUAAACUGGAGAGGAAAAUAAACUGCUGAGUUUUAAGGCUGCAAUCAGGACUUUUCUUUCUGAGGAGAUGCUGUUUUCGCUCCUCACUGUGAUGUUGUCUCCUCCGCAGGACGCACCUGUGAAGUUGUGUGACUUUGGCUUUGCCAAAAUUGAUCAAGGAGACUUGAUGACCCCUCAGUUCACUCCCUACUACGUAGCACCUCAGGUAAAAAGCAAGCACAGGAUUCACCCAGAACCAAAAAAACUGUUAGUUAUUUCUUUAACCCAGUAAAAAGAAACCCUAAAGUGAGUUUUCAUAAUGUUCCUCCUGCUGUUUGUCUCUCUUUAGGUACUUGAGGCUCAAAGAAGACACCAGAAAGAAAAGUCUGGGAUUAUACCUACCUCACCCACCCCGUAUACCUAUAACAAGGUGAGACCCAGAGGUUAUGAUCUAAUAUUUGUGGCAUAUUGAGGACACUGUCAGUUUCUUACAAAUAUCCUCAAUCCGGAUCUACUUAACGGGAGGAGAAUUUUCUUCCUAACAGGAUUAUAUCUUCUGUCAUUCCUCAGAGCUGUGAUUUGUGGUCUCUUGGUGUGAUAAUCUACGUGAUGCUGUGCGGCUAUCCUCCGUUCUACUCCAAACACCACAGUCGCACCAUCCCGAAGGACAUGAGGAAGAAGAUUAUGACAGGCAGCUUCGACUUCCCUGAAGAUGAGUGGAGCCAGAUCUCUGAAAUGGCCAAGGACAUCGUACGCAAGCAAGUCCUUUUUUCCAUCCCUCUGCUCUCUUCUUCUUAUCUCAUACAGCUCCAUAAAUACAGAAUGCUAGAGGAGGUAGCUGGAGUAUGCUCAAGUGUUGUGUUGAAGGGGUAGAAAAAAGUUGACAUUUGUUGUUUAUUGCGAUCUGUCCAUAUUACCUCACUCUUCAGAUUCUAAUUUACUGUUUUCAUUCGCACCAUCCCUCUGUUGAGGCUCUAAUUCAUAGUUUUUCAUCUUAAUAAUUUGUACUCCUCCACCUCCUCCCCAAUCCAUUCUGUGCAGGCUGCUGAAAGUGAAGCCAGAGGAAAGACUGACUAUCGAGGGAGUCUUAGCUCACCCUUGGCUCAACUGCACCGAGGCCCUGGACAACGUGUUGCCUUCCGCCCAAAUGAUGAUGGACAAAGUGAGUGAGAGAAUCUUAACCCAUCCCGCCAAUACACUGCAUCAUACAGCCUAAUAUCCAUUCCUCUACUCUGUGAAUAAGAGAGCCUGGACUUAGACGACAGAGAAGAGGACAUCCUCUUGUUCUUAAAAGUCAGUGAUUCUCAACCGUCAGAAAACUCCUGGGGUCCACAGAUAGUUGUUAAAAAAAGACUUAUAUUGUUAACUUAGUUAUACUUUUUACAUAAAAUCACAUGGACCAAUGACAUUAGAGAUGCACCGAUCCAUUUUAUUCCAAUCCAAUACUGAUAUCUGGGCUGAGCAUAUCGACCGAUAUCCGAUACCGAUCCAAUACUACUGUUGAAUGAAUGAACUGUAUACCUUGCCUGGGGGUGAAGGAAUCAGGCUUGACAUUAGCCUUGUUGAAAAAAAAGGUAACAAAUUAACACAAAUAUAACAUUACUUAAUAUUAUUUAUUAACAAAUAACACAUUAGCACACAGCAAAAAGAAGUUAGACUGCCAUGUAUUAAAAGAAAAAUAGUUAAAGAAAAAAAAGACUUGAUCGGAACGCUGGAUCUGCAUCAUUCAUCCAAUAUCUGAUCCAGUUAAUUUGUCAAUAUCGGAGCUGAUAUCUGAUCCAAAUAUCGGAUCGGUGUAUUCCUAAAUGACAUAAGUUGUUUUAGUGCUGCUUCAAACUGGUAGCAUGUCACAGUAGCUUCAUGAUGGCUGUAGGUGAUGCCUUUGGUGAUGCUCGUUCAUGGUUUUCACACACAGGCUGUUGUGAUUCUACUCCUGAGGACUGGAAAUCAAAAAAGUUUGAGAGCUGCUGCUCUGAAAUUGUUUCAUAGCUGCUUAUUAAAUCUUCAAUUAUAAGGUUCCACAUGUACAACUUAUCUGCAACAUAUCACAAUGGUUGAUAGUUAGCUAUUUGAGUCCUGAGGUCAGUCAAGACAAAUCUCCUACACUGAUGGCGGUGGUUACUAUACAGCGAGUCCAUCAAUGCUCAUUUAUACACACUCAAGGUGUGUUUUGAAAUAAGUUGAAAUUUCCUCCAUUUCUUACUUUUUAUUUUCACCUUUUCAGGCGGUGGUUGCAGGUAUCCAGCAGGCCCAUGCAGAGCAGUUAGCCAACAUGAGGAUUCAGGAUCUGAACGUCAGCCUGAAGCCUCUCAACUCCGUCAACAACCCAAUUCUCAGGAAACGGAAACUACUUGGGUAUGACUUCUUUUCAUCCAUGUUUUUUUUUUUUUUAAUACAGCUGUUGUCAACUCUUUUGAUAUACAAACAGUCAUCAAAGUUUGGCCUGAAAAUGUUUUUUUGGUUUUUUUGGAGCAGCCCCAAGCCCAGUGACGGUUUCUUCAUUCACGACCCAGAGAACGGAGGAGAGGACUCCAACGUGGCGCUGGAAAAACUACGAGAUGUCAUUGCACAGUGUAUUUUACCACAGGCUGGUCAGUAACUCAUGCUGGUGUUCAUAUUUACUCUGUCUAAUUAAAUUAAUUAAAACAUAGUUACAAAUUGCUCUUCAGACAAACACCUCUGGAAUCUAAACAGGCAAUACCAGUAAGACUAUUGGUCAAAUUUUGAAGGUAUUGUCUUCUCACAAUAGCUUAAUGGGAAAGCAGACUCUGAAGUGAUUUUUUUCUUUCUAGGAGAGAAUGAGGAUGAGAAGCUCAAUGAGGUCAUGUAUGAAGCUUGGAGGUUCAACAGAGACUGUAAAUUGCUAAGAGACGGCUUACAGGGGCUCAGCUGGGAUGGUAUGUACGAUUUCACAGCGUCUACAUCGAACUGCGUUUUCAUUUUGCCCUUCAAAUAUUCAAAGUUCAAUCACUGCUGGUCUAUGUGCUCAUUUGGGUCAUUUAGGGUCCUUAACCACCAGCUCUCUCAUUGCAGGACGAUCCUUCUCUGAUAAAGUCGAUCGCUUGAAGUUGGCUGAAAUAGUAAAACAAGCCAUCGAAGAGAAGACGAAUCUGGAAGAGUCUCAUUAGCAAACGCUGUCUUUCUAUCCUCUUUUUAUAGUGUUUAUUAUGACCCUUUUUAACCCGCAUCUGUAAGGAGGCUUUUUUUAAUGUCAAAUGAUGCGCUGAUUUUUUUUCUUUACUUUCAUGAACUCACUUGCAAAUACCUAUUGUACAGCUGUAGAGAUAUUUCAAAAAGGACUUGUUGGUACUGGAAAUUUUUUAUUGGAUACUUGCAAAGAACAUUGAAGAAAAAAUAUAUUUUCAUUUUUGCAAAAAAGAAAAAAAAAAGAGGAGAAAAAACAGUAAAAGACAUUAGCUUCUGGGAGGGAGUUUUUCUUUGGCUCCUUGACCCAUACCUUCAUUUUUAUAUCUCAGUAAAUUCAUUUUAUUCUAUUUUAUUUUAUUUUAACCAUCCUAAGAAUUUUAUUUAUUAAAACAAAGAGUUCCAUUAUUUUAUAUCCUUCUUGUAGCCUGGCUGUGGGCUCUAAAAAGACAAGCUGACUACAAUGUGACUUUGCUCUUCCACACAAAUGUUAAAUCUCAGACUGAGUUUAAAUGAUAUAAAAUCUUUGGUUAUUUGUUACUUUCCCUUGACUGGUUUGUUUUGUGACGGUCAAGGCAGAGUAGAAACAGAGGACGGAAAGUGUCAUGAAAUAGACGCAUGCAACGUCAAAUUCAUCCUGUCAGAAUUCUCUUUUUUUAAGCUGAUAAGAAGCUUCAUAAAAUCGACUGAAAAGGCAACAAAACUAAAGCUUUGUUUCUGUCUGACUCAUCUGGAUGAGUGUGUUUUGACUCAAUUUAUUAUAAGACAAAUCUGCUAAUUAAUUUUUUGGAGCUGUUGUCUGUCUCACAGCCCACUUUAGGUUUUAAGGUUUUAAUUUUUACAUCAUCUGAUGCUGUUGGAAGUGGUAGUUGUGUCCAAACAUGGCUGUCAAUCUGCUUUACUCAUUCAGAACUAACUGUGAUCCUCAAACUGUGAGUUAAGCUCGUCAACUUGAAAAGAUGAGGCUUUUUGUCAGAGUAUGAAUUUUCUACUUAGCAGGUAAAAUGAAGUGAGUUAUUUAAAAUACAAGGAUGAAAAAAAAACUUUUUACACGUCUUCCCAUGUCUGGUGGGCUUUUGAAGGUCUUAAAGUGCUCAGUUUUUUUCUUAUUCUUUUUUUUUAUGGGGAGGUUGGGUCAUUAAUAUUUCCUAAUAACGGCCUUUUUGACCUUAUGUGAUCUUAAAUUUUCCCUGUGGGUUUUCACACAUUGUUUGAGCUGUUUGUAACAACACACUGCUUCUUCACAUUCAAGUGUGUUCAGGUUUUUCUUGGAAAUUCGACCGCCUUCAUUCUGCUUGUAAAAGCACAUUUGUAAUGACAUCAACAGAGGUAUUACCUUUGUUGUGUUACCUUAUUAAGCUGUUGUGUCUGAAAUUCCUUAAAGAGGGGGUAUUAUGCUUAUUUUCUAACUUUAUAUUGCCCCUCUGAUAGUUUCUUAGCAGCUCUACCACUAUCUCUAUCAGGUCCUCCUAGCAUUUCAGAACACAGCAUUCUGUAAACCUCCUUCACUGUUGCCACACAUUAAGUUGUGUUCCCUCCUUAUAAAAUUACAAAUUUGACCCUUUAGGGAUUACUGCAAUACACAUUAACCUUGCAGUCUGAUGUUUUGCUCAUGUGUAGUACUGAUGUCCAACAUUUUAACUUUAUAUUUAUUUUCAAACAUGAAAAAGCAUAAUAUCACCUCUUCAAAAAUUGAUUUCAUUCGACUGGUUGUGAGCUGCUUUGAUGUGAAGAAGCAUGUACUGGGAUUCAGACUAGAGUCACUGGGUAGUUCAGUUAUAUUUGAGUGUGAGGGCUUGAAUACCUGAACUCAGAGAAAGUCCAUGCAUGGUAAAUUUCAGUCCGUCAGUAUUACUGUCUUUUCUUUCCCUCUUAAUGUCAUGGUCUAAACACCAGAAUACUCAUUCCCUGUGCUUAUUUAUCAUGAUGAUUUCAUACGCCGCUGUAUUAAUAUCAUUGAUUAGUCACCCUGCACUGUUUAAUUUUAGUCAUAUCUGAUGUUUCACUAAAGAGGAGCUGAAAAAGGGAUUUAUGAAUCAGGCUUAGGUAGCUGAAAAGGGCAUGUUAUUGUGUUCAGUGCCUGAUUGUGUCUUUGAUGAUGUAUUUUAGUUUAUUUAAUAUUCCUCUGAGGUUUAUGAUGAAAUUCCCAUUUUAAGAGGUCUUCGCUUAACUAAGAAUAUUUCCACAUCAACACUACUCUAUUGGUCACUGGUUUCUGAUGAUAUAACUUGGUCCACUCUGAGUUAUGAGCAGACAUCAGUGUCAUAUAAUACUGCUGUUUUUAAAACUUGAAUCUCCAAUUUCAGGGGAUUUUGAAACGGUCAGAUACACUAAAAGAUCAGGUAUUUCUCCAGCUGAGAAUAUUCUUCAACUUCUCAAGACAAAUAAACCUUUAAAACAUAUUUUUGCAUUUUCACAUUACUAAUAACAGGGCUGAUGCUUUUUCUCACCUUGUUUAACUGCUAAACGUGAGCUCUCCUCAGUGCAUGUCUUCAUUUCUUAACCUGAUUGAGUUAAAGAUCCUAAACUGUUAACAUGAUUCUGAGAGCUCCUUUAACUGUCUGUCUUUGUGGUGGUCAGAACCGUAAUAAUAACUACAUAUUAUAUUUGUUAAGGCCUUAUUGUUACAUGGUUAUGUUUGAAGCUGAAAUGUGCCUUGUUGAUGGGGCAGUCUAUUUAUCCUAUCUUGAACUACAUGUUAGAAUCAUCAGUGACGAGAGAGAGGGGAAACUCAGAAUCAUGGUUUUAUCUUUUCCAGAGGGGCUGUGACUUGGUUUAAUAUGAGGAUGUGAACGCUUUCAUUCCACAUUUGUUUUAUAAGUCGAUUUAUAUUAAUGCAAAAUUUUAUCAUAAUUUGAGGAAAAAAUCAACAGCUGAAACAUUUAAAACUUAUUUUGACGUUUUUGUAAUACGUUAAGUGUCUUGACAAGAGUUGCGCCGAGUUUUUCAUUGAAUUAUAACGAUAUCGCAAGAUGAACGUUUUAGUUUGGGGUUUUUAUGGCGAUUGUCCCUUUUUCAUUAUCUGUUGGCUACUUGGCGACAACCCUCGAGCUUUAAUUUGGUCCUAAAAUUCACUAGUCAGUGUCUACAUGUCUGCACAACAAUUAAUACUGCAUAUAGCGGAUACCGAUCUGCCAUAACACUCUGAACAGCUUUAUUUUGCUCCCUAAGUUUGUUGAUAAAGUGGAGAAAAUAAAGACCAAUUUAAUACACUCCAGCACACCACCACCUUCAUAAUAAAUGUUAAAGCUCCUGUAAGAAACUGUUGGCUUUGUCAAUUUUGGCGCCCCCCUCUGGACAAAGCAGUCUUCGCUUUUCUUGUCCUCUUCACGCUUAAGCAGUGUAUUCUGACCAAAAAUCUUCUAAGGAAAAGUCAAAUGGGUCACUUAUUUCGUAUAUUUAUGUUGAAACUCUCAAAACAGAGUCAUUUUUCAGCCACUCUGCUGACCUUACCCUCUCACAGCAGUCUCAUUGAUAUACAAAUUGCCAAACCUAUUCCUGAUAGCCUUGUUUGCAUUUGUAUGUUAUGAAAAGUCAAAGACAGUAAAGACUGAAAAUGUAGAAGCCUUCUGACAGUAUAAUUUGAAUACUGGAUGAUGUGAAAUUGGCCAAGAGUUCCUAAUGUUAUGGCUAGUCGGUGUAUGUUUGUUCUUGUACAGACUAGACAGUGAUUCUGAUAAAGCGCUGUGAAUUCAAAAGUCCUAACGGAGGACACUAUGAGGAGUGGGAUUAAUAAAACAAAAAACUAUUCAACUAUUUCCAUUGUGAGAAACUUUUGCCUCAGUGUGCUACAGCCAGGAUUUUGAUAGGUGUCAUUUUGGAUCGUACAUUUCAGGAUAUGAUAGCCUACCUUGAAUUGACUGUGUGUCAGAAUCUGCAUCGCCUUUAAGUGAAAGUAGAACCAAAUGCACUGACUUUGACCACGUCUUUGUGAAUGCCGCGUGCAGGUUACACUUACCCUUAUAUGUAAAUCUGGAGGCCUAACAUUGAAUCAGAAUACUUCCUUUACUCACAAAUAUCAGAUUAGAUCCCUUUUUCUACCUGCAUUGCUGAUGAAUUUCUGUCAAAUAGCAGUUUGUAUUUAUUUACUGCCUUUUGUUCUGUGUAGUCAAAGUAUGUUUCUCGAUAUUGAUACUCCCAACAGUGAAAUCUUCGAGGAAACUGAGCAGUCUCGCUGUGAAAGAAUUCCUCUGUUUUGCUGCUUAAUCUGGCUCAGUGUUACUAAAGAAAAACCCCAGAGGAUUGCUGGUUAUGAAAAUACGAGGAGGCUGCUGUUUCUGAGUAGCUGCUGCAGGAUGCCCUUCAGCUUCAGACUGAUCCAGCUUUGACAUAUUUUAGAGAAACUAUCUGGUCUGCUCAUUAAACAAAAGCAGAAGAAAGUAGGAUUUACACUUGCUCUCUUCCUGCUGUAUCUGUACUCCAAAAGCACAGAGGUGGAUAUCUUGAAGAGUCGAUGAUUCAUUUCUUCAUCAAAGACCCAAAGAAGACAUGUCUUUGGUUUUACUUUGCAGUCUGUUUUGGUUUUGGUCUGGCAGUAAAUGUAGCAUGUAACCUUCAUGGGAGACUCGCUGUAUUUCUUUCAGCAUAUAUGUUUUGGACCCAUCUUCAUUGGAAUGUCAUCAACAUGCUGACUUUGUAAUAAAGAAAUUCUUGGACUUUUUGAACAUU